AUGGUGUCCGAUUUGCAGUUCCAUAACAACGAUGAGACAUGGUCGAUGAACUUGAAGCGUUCCAUUAUCAACAUGCUCCAGCUUAACCUCCACAAGAUGGGGCGCACUGAUGAGACUGAAAUGGAAAGAUAUGAGAACGUACACGAACUCAAAAACGACUACUUCACCGUUAACGAGAGGACAAUUGAAGGGGACUGUGAAGUAGCUUAUACUAUUGUCAGAAAGGAAGAAGAUGUCACUGAGGUGACCAAAUCCGUCAACUUCAACAAAUGUUCGCGCCGCCCGCACACCAUGUACAACUUCCGCUACCUGACUGAGUGCCGCGACUGCAAGGAGAAAAACAUUCUUGAACCAAGCACUGUCUACACCUACUUGCUAGGAAGGGAAGGUAUUAAGAACGUUGAAGUUCGUUCUAUCUACACUUUCACCAUAGAGAAUCAGCCAGUGGUGAAGACUGAGAUUCGCGCACGCAUCACUCUCGAGAACAAACACGAAAUUCAGAGAGAAUUCUACAUGAAAGGAGAUGAGGUCGAGGUUCUUCCCUAUAAAAACGUCCAUAAAAAGAUUGAGGAGAUCCAGAAGAUCAUCGAGAGCAUCAAGGGAACGAAAGAGAACACUAAGGAGACCACCCUUCUACUUGCUCGUGUCGUCUCCCUGCUCCGCAUGUGUACGAUGAAGGAGCUCCAUAUGGUUAACGAACGAAUCUAUAAGAAUGGUGAUGUUCGCGUUAGGAAAUUGAUCGAGCACUGCCUUUCAAUUGCUGGAACCAAGAACACCAUCACUCAUCUGCUCAGGCUCAUGCAAAUGGGGAAUAUCCACACGCACAGAAUUUUGCUUCUCUUCAAACGCUCCCCAGUCGUUCGCCAAGCUCUUUGGCUAACCAUCGGAUCUAUGAUGCGCGGUGUCGUUGGAUACACAAAAGAUGAAAAUGUUAUGAAAGAUGAAGAAGUUUUCGCGAAGAAGGAGAGAAGUGAUUUGAAGCUUCAUUAUUUGAAUCUUUUCAGGAGUCAUUAUGAUGAGGCCAAGACCAUUUACGAAAAGGUGCUGUGCCUUAAAUGGCUUGCCAAUGCCGGAAUUGACCUUUCUGCUUUUGAACUUGAGAGGAUCAUCAAGAACAAGCGUGAAGAGCUGCCUGUUCGCAUGGAAGCCAUUGAUGCCCUUCGCCUUCUUAGAGAAGUGAUGCCACGCAAGAUUCAGUCUAUUCUUAUGCCAAUUUACAAGGACCGCCAUGAGGAGCCAGAACUGAGAAUGGCUGCACUUGUCCGCAUUAUGCACACUCUUCCACACCAGCCUGUGAUUGUCCAGAUCAUCUCUACAAUGGAGCGUGAGCCAAAUCAUCAUGUUGCAACCUUCACCUAUGAUUUGCUCAAGUCCUUCGUCCACUCUACCCAUACCUGCUACAAGAAGCUCGCCAAAGAGAUUCGCCCUCUUCUCAGCAUGACCCGCUAUGUGCGUGGAGACCGCAUGCUCACAAGCACUUACAAGUACAUCCCAAUGUUCACAGAGGACAUGUUGAGUGGCCUCAACAUGGACUUCGCCACCAUCUUUGGAAAGAACUCUGUGUGGCCUAAGGAGGUCAUGAUGUCUCUUGACACUGUCUUCAACGGAAUGUGGAAUAAGUAUCUGUUCCAGCUUGGAUUCUCACAGCAAAACAUUGAAAAACUGCUUGAGAAAAUUACUCGCAAGCUCGUGAGAAUGGAAACUGAAGUAGACAACGUUGUUCGCGGACGCCGCAUCCGCGAAUCUAUGAACAUCCUCAAGGAGAUUGCCAAGAAGCUCAACAUCCGUCCACGUGUCAUCGACAAUAGAACCCCUCAUGUGAUGCUCUACCUCCGCUACAAAGACAUGGACUACGCAGUCCUGCCUAUCAAUGAGGAGGUAGUCGACGAACUUGUAGAGAAGUACAUUAGAGAAGGAAGGCUUGAGACCAGGGAGCUUGAUCGUCUAUUCCACCGCGAUCCCGAAUUUAACCUGCACACUUUCACUUUCUUCUUUGAGAACAUUAAGAAGAUCCCCACCACCCUUGGUCUUCCUCUCAUCACUAAAUUCAAGAUGCCAACCGUCUUUUCAGCAGAAGGAACGUUCGUCAUAAAGAGAAUCACUGAUGGUCUUCGUGUUGAAAUGGUUACUGAACCAUCUUUGGCUGCCACUAAACUUAUUGAAAUGAGACUGUGGAAUCCAUUGUUCGAACAGGGAAUCAAGGUUGUACAUGCUGUUGAGGGCCGUAUCCCACUUGACUUUGUCAUGGAGAUGACAUACAACAGAGAAUUCCAUCUCAUGUACACCAUGAACGUUCCAACUGAGGAGAAGACUCUCAUUCGCGUCAUGUCACACCCGGUGGUCUUCUUCCGCUUCCUAAGCGACAAGAGAGAAUACUUCCAUGAAAGCGAACAAAAAACUGUCCUGCUGCCAAGAUGGAAGAGACAUAACGAGAAGGAAAAGAUAUUUGAGUUUGCUGGAAUCAAGACCGUUCUCCGUGGAAACUGGCUGAACAAGUGGAACAUGCGCGACGUUCUCCUUGGAGAGUACGACUGGGAGUUUGUUAUGAUUCCAACACAGCAUGCUCCGAGAAAAGUUAAAUUCAUUUUCGACAGUGGAAAAAUCGAAAAGAUCCGUAUGGAGAAGCCGGACUUCACCAACCUCUUUGAAAAGGAAUUUGAGACUGAGGAGACCGAAUAUGAAAGAUUUGAGGAAAGAGAACGCCUCGACCGUUUCGAAAGGAGGCUCGCUGACGUCGAGAGAGCUGAGGGAUACAGGCAUCGCAUGAACCUCAGGAUUGACCUUGACACCCCGGUGUCUCGCUACGGCAAUGUUGAGUUUGUUACUGUUUGCGAUGAGAAACUGCGUUAUUGCAAGCUAAUCAUCGACGGAAAACGCUCUCCCAUGCUCCGUGACGAAACCCAUGAAUGGAAUUUCAAGACAAACAUUCAGUUCGUCCUGCCACAUAUGCCAAAGUCCUUAAAGGAGCUGAAGGAACAAAUUCACCGCGAAAUUCAAGGACUGUUUGUUACUGUUUGCGAUGAGAAACUGCGUUAUUGCAAGCUGAUCAUCGACGGAAAACGCUCUCCCAUGCUCCGUGACGAAACACAUGAAUGGAAUUUCAAGACCAACAUUCAAGCCGCUCGUCUGAAUCAGCUGAAGACCGUUGUUGAGUACAAACUUACACCAUUCUAUGAACAGCUUUUCGAAAGGGUUUACAACUUCGUUAGGGGAUACACAUUCUGGAACUGCAAGGUUACUAGAGUCAACAAUGAGCGCAAUCGUGUCUUCCUGAAACUGAACGUCGAUCCCGUCAGCCGAAACCUGAUCAGCUUCGUUCUGAAGACACCCUAUGAGCUCCUGAAGACCGUUGUUGAGUACAAACUUACGCCAUUCUAUGAACAGCUUUUCGAAAGGGUUUACAACUUCGUUAGAGGAUACACCUUCUGGAACUGCAAGGUUACUAGAGUCAACAAUGAGCGCAAUCGUGUCUUCUUGAAACUGAACGUCGAUCCCGUCAGCCGAAACCUGAUCAGCUUCGUUCUGAAGACACCCUAUGAGCUCGUGGAGCUGCGCGAUUUUGUUGUCCCUCAACUUUACCUGCCUUCAAUCGCUAAGAGGACCCUUCGUGACAUCCGCGAUGAGAUGGUAAAGGAGCGCAUGUGUGAAGUGAAAAGCACAAAGGUGAAGACAUUCGACGACGUAAUCUUCCAUGCUCCACUCACCAACUGCUACUCUGUCAUUGCCAAAGACUGUUCUGAAGAGCCACGCUUCGCUGUCCUUGUCAAGAAGAUGAGGAAGGACACUGACGAGAAGGCAAUCAUCAACGAACAUGAGGAUGUUAUCAGAAUCGAGAUGCGUGACGAAAAACUGAUGGUUACUGUCAAUGACAAGAGAAUUAACAAAGAGGAACUGGAAAGAUACAACAUCGAAAUGAUGGAAGAGAACAUGGUCCGUGUGAAACUCGAGGACAUUGAAGUUCGCUUCGACGGAUACACAGUCAAGGUGUAUAUGGGCAAACACAUGAUUGAGAAACAGUGCGGUCUCUGCGGUCACUUCGACGAAGAGAAAGACAACGAGUUCCUUACGCCUAGGAUGGAGCACACCCAUGAUUUAAUGGAGUUCCACAAAUCGUACCUCCUAAAUGAAGAGUGUGAGAUGGAGAACGAACUCCUCACCGAAAAGAAGCAUUAUAAGAUGGAAGAGAGAAGCGAGCGCGAUGCGGAUGAACUGGACUAUUUCUUCAACGAUGAACGCACCCGCAAGGACAAAUGGGAGGAGGAAGGUACAAUAAAAUGUAUAAGGAGGAAAUAUGAUAAAGAAAGGAAUACGUGGGAUUUGCAGACAUUCUCAAGAGGAACCAUGUGA